CAAUGAAAGCACCUUGCCACCGACCGAGGAUUGCGGUCAGAGCGGCUAAUAUGGGCGAGCGACCACAGCACCCGGAUAAACAUUUCAUAUGUUCCUUUGCUAACUGUAAAGCGGCGUUUACCAAGAUGUGGAAGUUGGAAGCGCAUUACUGCAAACACACUGGACUGAAGCCAUUUGCAUGUGGAAACUGCGACAAGAGCUAUAACACCCGUUAUCUGCUCACCCGACACCAGUUGAGUCACAGCGGGGAGAAGCCCUACCUGUGCUCGGUCAGCGGAUGUACAGAUGCGUUUUCCACACCUGGAAGCUUGAAGAACCACAUUGCUCAUGUUCAUCAGCACACUGAACGGUGUUAUGUUUGCAACCAUCAGAACUGCGGAAAAUCGUUCAGUAAAAAAAAGCAGCUGAGGAUUCAUGCAUGUGAGCACACAAAUGAGAUGCCUUUUGAAUGUGACUUUAAGGAAUGUGACCAGAAAUUUGCUUCUUCUAAAGCUUUAAAACUGCACGAGAAGGUGCAUAAAGGUUACCCAUGUGCUGAGGAUUACUGUUCUUUCAAAGGGAAAACAUGGACCGAGUAUCAAAAUCACAAAAAAGCAGCACACAGAGAAAUCCUUCCUUGUGACCAAUGCAAGAGGAUCUUCCACAAUGCCCGUUUUUUGCAGAUGCACAAACAGUGGGUUCAUUCUGGGGAACGGCGUGUGUUUAAAUGCACCAGACAGGGUUGUCAGGAAACCUACACUACAAACUUCAACCUACAGAACCACAUUCUGGCCUUUCAUGAGAGAAAGCGUGACUUCAUCUGCUCUUUUACAGGCUGUGGUAAAGCUUUCGCUAUGGAGGAAAGCCUGAGAAGGCAUUCUGUGGUCCAUAACCCUCUGAAGACAAAACUGCAGAAGCCAAAAACCAAGCAGCACAAGAAGAUUCAAUCUAAGACUAAAAAGUCAGAAGCCACUAAACUUUCUAAGGCUCUGCAAAACAUCUCCUUGAACAAGGCUGUGUGACUGAAGAGGCCAUAAGUCAUCUGAAAAAUCUUUUGUUUUGACUUAUUUAACUCGUUUCCAACUUUUGUUCAGUUUAUAGACCUAGUAUUUCAGUUUGUCACCUUUUUAUUUAUUUAAAUAAAUGAUCACUGUGGCAACUCCUUUGUUUUGUGGUCAAUAAAUGCGGAAACC